AUGGCGGUGCACCGCCAAGCUGCUACCACUUACCAGUGGGACCUGCAGGAGCCGGAUGUCAGCUACUACCAGCGGAAGUCAGCCUUGAGCACAGUCCUGCACCCGCCCUGGGGGCAGCAGAGGAGUGGACACAAUGCUCAAAGUAAGGCCCAGAGGAGAAAGCCUAAUGGGGUGGAGUUUGUACUGUUCACGCCAGGUUCCCAGCACUUCUUCCUAACUCCUCUGACAGCGGCCUGUGAGAAAAGUGUGGCUAGUCUGCCAGAAGCCGCAUCAGUGGCCUCUGUGCUGUCCUACGAGAACUUGGUCCGUGCCGUGGCAGGAGCCGUGGGAAGUGUGACUGCACUGACAGUGUUUCUCCCCUUGGAUACAGCUAGACUUCAGCUUCAGGUUGAUGAGAAAAGAAAGUCCAAAACUACACACAUGGUGCUGCUGGAGAUCAUUAAAGAGGAAGGCCUCCUGGCACCAAACCGAGGGUGGUUUCCAGUUAUUUCCAGUCUCCGCUGCUCCAAUUUUGUCUAUUUCUACCCUUUUAAUAGCCUCAAAGCAGUCUGGGUCAAAGGUCAACAUUCUACUACUAGAAAAGAUCUGGUAGUUGGAUUUGUGGCAGGAGUGGCGAAUGUGUUGCUAACAACUCCGUUGUGGGUGGUAAACACCAGACUGAAGCUGCAAGGGGCAAAAUUUCGGAAUGAAGACAUUGUACCAAACAACUACAGAGGCAUUGUUGAUGCUUUUCACCAGAUCAUUCGAGAUGAAGGUGUCUCGGCUUUGUGGAAUGGCAUAUGUCCCUCGUUGCUGUUGGUCUUCAAUCCCGCCAUCCAGUUCAUGUUCUAUGAAGGUUUAAAAUGGCAGCUUUUAAAGAAACGGAUGCAGCGUUCUUCUUUGGGUGUGGUCAUCAUUGGUGCAACAGCCACAGCAGUUGCCACCACGGCCACCUAUCCCUUGCAGACAGUACAGUCAAUUCUGAGAUUUGGAUGUCACAGACUAAACCCAGAAAACAGAACGCUGGGGAGUCUGCGGAAUGUCCUCUAUCUUCUUCAUGAGCGAGUCAAGCGUUUUGGAAUACUGGGAUGCUACAAAGGCCUUGAAGCCAAACUGCUGCAGACAGUCCUCACCGCCGCGCUCAUGUUCCUUAUUUACGAGAAGCUCACGGCUGCUACCUUCACCGUCAUGCGGCUGAAGCGUGCGGCCCACAAGCACUGAGCCGGCCUGGGACAGAGCAGAGCCUCUGGAGACGGCCCCUUCGGAGUGCGGAGGGGCGAUGCUCCUCCUCAUCAGCUCCUUCGCCUGCGCGGUACCCUCAGUGGCUGGGAAGGCCUGGAGGGGAAUCGGGGAGCCGAAACGGUGUGAUAGCUGCUCGGAUUUGGCCAGACCUUUCCGCCUGAAGUUUUUCUUAACAGUUAUGCUCGUUCCCCAGACUUUCUCCUAGGUUCUAGAACAAGUUCAAGAAUGUGUAACUCUCCUCAGAUACUUUGCAGAUGUCUUGGUCUUGGUAUUUUCCUCACUGAAAGUGACAUUUUGCUGGUGCCAUGGGCAUGACUUCAUUUUUGUUGGGCUUUUCUUUUCCUGCUUAAGGAGAGUUAAAUGAACUAUUUUGUGGAGAAAAUGAAUAUUAAUCCCAAGUGAUUCGCUUAUGAACUAUUUGUAGACAAUACUUAUGCGUUAGUGUUUGAUAGUUUUUAAAAAUAUUUAUUUUGAAUCAGCUUUAUUAAUAGAAAGGCGGAAGUUUUAUGUCCAUCCGUAUACAACUCAAGUCAACAUACCCAAACUUACUUUGCUCAAAUAAAUUGUCAGCACAAA